UAAGUGUUAAUUCCUUUUCUCUCCGCCUGAAAAGUAUUUCUGAACGCGAGUCUGCUCCGGUGUCCUUGAGCAACAGCCGAAGCCAUGAGUUCCAGUUACGGAAUACGAGAUUGGGCUGCCCCUGCUGCCUUGGCUGUUGGUACUGCAGCUGUAGGAUAUCUGGUUUACAGAUCCCUCUUCUGUAAAGACAAGUGCUGCAAAUCCAUGGUAAACCCGGAGAUACAGAAGGACAACCCUAAGGUCGUGCACGCAUUUGACAUGGAAGACCUGGGAGAUAAAGCUGUGUAUUGCCGCUGCUGGAGGUCUAAAAAGUUCCCAUUUUGUGAUGGCGCCCACACGAAACACAAUGAGGAAACCGGUGAUAACGUUGGUCCUUUAAUAAUAAAGAAAAAGGAAUCCUAAAUCUGAGAAGAGCUUUGAACCCUGACACUAAUAGUUUCCAAUAAAGCCACAGUGAAUGUUAUUGGUCUUCUGCAGAGAGACACACUUCUCCGUUAAGACCACUGUCUGUGUCUGUCAUCUGCCUUAUAUGUUUUAAUUCUGCAGUAAUAAAAGUUCUUAUAUUCUCUGCUUUUUGUCUGGCCGGGAAUUCUAAAGUUAAUUUGCACUGUGCAAGUUGCAUAUCUACUGUGUAUAAUGUGAGAUCAUUCUGUGGAGUAAUAAGACAGCUUUCUUUCAUGUUUUCCCUGUGUUGGAUUUCAAAACCUAGACAAUACAUUCUGUACAAAAUCUUACAUAGACAAAAACCUUUCUAUGUAUUAUCACUCUUCAGUUUAUUGAUUGUAAUGUGACUGACACAAAAUGAAAUUUUAUUGUGGUUUAA